AUGACAAUAAAUCGCUAUAAAAUAAACCGGCUAUUCGUUUGCUUGUCAGCUGUGCCGUGCAACCCUACCGAUCCUUCAGCAGCUGUUCCAUGCCGUCUGGUAUGCAAAUAAACAAUAAACAGCUGUUAAGUGAGCAACGCAGCAGGAGCAGCAGUUCUUAGGAUGUUCCGCAAUAUCGUGAUUGGCAUAUCCGGUGGCGUCGAUAGCGCCAUUUCGGCGCUUUUACUAAAACAAAGAGGCUACAAUGUGUUGGGCGUAUUUAUGAAAAACUGGGAUGAAUUUGAUGAACUGGGCGCUUGCAGCGGUGAGCAGGAUUACCGUGAUGCGGAAUACACCUGCCAAAAGUUGGGCAUUGAACUGCGUGUCGUAAAUUAUGUAAAAGACUAUUGGAAUUCGGUGUUCAGCUCUUUUCUGGAUGAUUAUCAAAAUGGUCUGACCCCAAAUCCGGAUAUACUUUGUAAUAAAUACAUCAAAUUUGAUUUAUUCUACAAGUAUGCCAGGGAGCAACUAAAAUGCGAUGCCAUUGCUACUGGUCAUUAUGCGAAAACAAGUUUUGGCAACUUUUUAGAGCAAUAUAAUGCGAAUGAUGGCGUGCAUCUCCUUAUACCUUGUGAUAAAUUCAAAGAUCAAACUUUUUUCCUCUCCGGCAUACAACGACAUGCGCUCAGUCGCACCAUGUUUCCGCUGGGCGAUUCACUGAAAAGCGAUGUGAAAGCUUUGGCGAUUAAGUGUGGGCUGGCACGCUUGGCGCGCAAGAAGGAGAGUACCGGUAUUUGUUUUGUGGGAAAUCGUGAUUUUAAGGAGUUCAUAAAGGAGUAUAUACACCCACGCCCUGGUCAUUUCGUAGACAUCGAUACCGGCCAAAUUGUGGGCACACACAAUGGCAUACAUGAGUGGACCAUUGGACAACGUUGUCGUUUGGCCUCUUGCCUGCGACCCUACUUUGUGGCACAAAAAGACGUGGCCAGUAAUACUAUUUAUGUGGCUUCGGGACACGAGCAUCCAGCGCUGCUUAACGAUGUUAUUUGCGCGAGCGCGCCGAACUGGCUGUGCGAUGAUCCACUAAAUGUUGUUGGAGAAGCAGCUAAUGCCAGUGUGACACGUGAGCUACGUUGUCGUUUUCGCUUUCAACACACAAAACCGUUGGUGGAUUGUGUGGUCAAAAAGUGCGCCAAUAAUAAGGCCCGCGUGACAAUCACUUUAGAUAAGCCAUUACGAGCGCUUACGCCGGGUCAAUACGCAGUGUUUUAUAGUGAAACGGUUUGCUUGGGUUCGGCGCGUAUAAUUAGUGCGUGGAGGGGGGAAAGAGAUGUAGCUCAAUUGGCAGAGUUGCAUGUAAAAACUGAACUGUUGGAACAUAGUUGACGAUUAGAUUUAAGUUAGAAUAAGUAUUACCAGUUCUUAACCAAGUGGGUUAUAUUUUUCCAAAAAAUUUUU